GAAGCCAACGAGCGCUCCAUCUCCCCCUGGCGCUACCGCAUCGACGAGGACGAGGACCGCUACCCGCGCAAGCUGGCCUUCGCCGAGUGUCUCUGCAGCGGCUGCGUCGACGUCAAGACGGGACGAGAGACGACGUCACUCAACUCGGUGACCAUCCACCAAACCAUGAUGGUCCUGAGGCGCAGACCCUGCCCCAGACCCUCCGCCCACGGCCUCGUCACCUUCGAGGUGGAUUAU